AUGGCGGACGCUUUAUCCAUCGAGCAAAAUAACAAGAUUCGAGUGGCUCUUGGUCUCAAGCCACUCCCAGUCCCCGGCGCUGGCCCAGAGUUUAGAGAAGACGACAGCGAGUCCGGCGAGGAAGAAGACCCAGCCAGUACUAUCGAAACACGACAGGCGGAAAGCUACGACAACUGGAAGAAGGUCCAAGAUGCCGCCGAAGCGAAGCGGAAACGAGACGAAAAGAAUGCCGCCAUCAAGCGAGCGCGUGAUAUCGCCCAAAGGAAUCUUCAACUUCAAGGAUCCACACUAGGCGAGGGGAAUGACGAGGAACUCGAUACCAUGGCCUGGCUGGCACAAUCCAAGAAACGCCAAAAGAAAAUCGAGAAGGAACGCGCCCAGAGACUGGCCGAGGAGCUCGAGGAGCGGGAGCGCCUUGCAGCGGCCGAGUACACUGCAGCGGAUCUGGCUGGUAUCAAGGUUGGACAUUCUGCGGGUGCUUUUGAGGGUGGUGAAGAUCAUAUCUUGACGCUGAAGGACGCCGCGGUGGACGACGACGAAGAGGACGAUGAGCUCCAAAACCUCGAUCUAGUUGAGAAGGAGAGAACCGAAGAGAAGAUGGAACUCAAGAAGAAAAAGCCCGUUUACGAUCCUACAGCGGAGAACCAAGGUAUUCUUUCACAAUACGAUGAUGAGAUCGAUGGCAAAAAGCGGAAGAGAUUUACUCUCGACGCCAAAGGCUCGACCGAAGAACGCGAAGCAAAGCGACAGGAAGUUUCGAAUGAGUUACGGAAGAACAUUAUCAGUCUCGACUUUGAGCCGGAAGUGCCGUCUUCCGAUUACAUGGACAUCAGCGAGGUCAAAAUUAAGAAGCCUAAGAAGAAGAAGGCUAAAGCUACAAAAAAGAGGGCUUUUAUGGACGACGACGAGAUCGCUCCAGUCGUGGAUUCGACCGAUGCGCAGGGGUCUUCGGCCAUGGAUAUUGAUUCAAAUGGUGGAGUCCCAGUCCCCGCUCGCCGCAAGCCCAUCAAUGAAGAUGUUUCUUUCGUGGAUGACGAUGAUCUACAAGCCUCUCUUGCGUUGCAACGACGCGCGGCCUUCAAGAAGCGCAAGAAGAUCAGCCCCGAGGAACUUGCGAAACAGCUUCGAGAAGAGGAGACUCAGACCCCAAUGGAGAUUGAAAACUCAGAUAAUGAAGGCGAAGAGCCUGGCCUCAUUAUCGACGAAACAUCAGAGUUUGUGUCAAAUCUACACAAGCCCACACUCCUCGCGCAGGAAGAGAAACCCACUAGAACUGCGACCAAGGAGCCUGAAAGCCCCAGCGCCGAGCCUGAAGGAGAAGGCGUGGAAAUAGAUAUGGACCGUUACGGCGAUAUCGAAGACGAAGAGGAGCUGGCCGCGCGCAUCAAGCGUGAUCAAGAAUCUGCGGCCGAGCCACAACAACUCACCGGCACAGGUCUAGAAGAGGAAUCAAGUCUGGACCAGGGUCUAGCUGCUACUCUAUCAAUGUUGAAGUCGCGUGGCCUGGUCAAAGACAACGACGGCAGCAGCAAAAACGCACUUAUGCGCGAUCGCCAGCGUUUCUUGGCCGAGAAGUCGAACCGCGAGUCCGAAACCGAGCGACGCGCCCGGCAGCAGCGUGAACGAGACCGUACCUCCGGCAAGCUUGAGCGCAUGUCAGCCCGUGAGCGUGAGGAGCACGCACGCUGGGAGAACAAGCAGCGUGACCAGCAGGAAGCACGUCAUAUGGCCGAGGUGUUCAACCGCGAAUACAAGCCCGACGUCCAGUUGCGGUAUGUGGAUGAGUUCGGUCGCAACAUGAACCAAAAGGAAGCCUUCAAGCAACUCAGCCACCAGUUCCACGGCAAGGGCAGUGGAAAGAUGAAGACCGAGAAGCGUCUGAAGAAGAUUGAAGAUGAAAAGAAACUCGAGUCUAUGAGCACGCUGGACGCUAGCCAGAACACCGGCAUGAACACUGUUAUGGAUACUGCUGCGCGGAAGAACCGCCAGGCUGGUGUUCGCAUGGGCUGA